GCUGGGGACAAAACUCAGGUCCUCUGGAAGAGCAGAAAAUAUUCUUAAUUUCUAAGCAACCACUCUAGUCCCAACUGAUUCAUUAGGAAUGUCCUUCAGAGUUUCCAGGCAUGGUGUCUGUCUCAUAAUCCUACUCUUCCAGAAGGUUAUCUCAAAUAGAAAAUUCUGCCUUGGGAAAGAACAUCUUUCUGGAAAUGAGGAAAUAACCAGGUGAACUAAAGGGGAUCUCUACUGAAAUAAAUUGAGAUGAUUCUUCAGGAAGAAGGAAGACAGAAACAUGCAAAUGCAGGAGACAGUGAAGAGAAAAUAUGUACACUUUCACUCUGAGUGAUCAAACAUCUGGUUGGGCUACCCUUCCCCCUCUCAUUUGGGCCCCAGCUCUAAGGUUAUUUGGCAAUCCUCUCUGAUCUUCCAGCCAAUUCACUUUCAUCUCAUUGCCGUGCUUAAAAAUUGUUUCAUAGUACAAGCUGCCAUGUAACAUGCCUUUUAUUUUUGGUUCUUUAUUGUUGGCUCUCUUCCCCUAUUAAUAGCAUACAAGGUUGUGAACUCCUAUGAGAGUUGAGACUUUCUUACCCCUGUGCUGUAUUGGCCAGCAUAACAGCUAUUAUGCUGUGUGGGUGUUUGGUGGCAUACCAUAGCAUAAGUAGAUUGGUUUGCUUUUGUAAUUCUAGGGAUCAAACCCAGGGCCUUUAGGGUGGCAAAUGUUCUACCACCUAGCUACACUCCCAGUUUGCACUGAAUUCUUGACUAGGUUUUGUGCAACCUGACCUCAUUAGAUCAAAACUCAUGAUUUCGUCCAGUCUGCUCCUGUUGCCUAUGGGGAGGAGAAAGUAGGGUUGAAUGUGAAGCAGGGCCACAGGAAGAGGAGGUUGCAAUUUUAGACAGAUGUUCAAAUGGUGGAAGGAUUAAGUAGUCACUUCAGAGGAGAAGCAAAUUACCUUGGCCUUGCAGACAGAUGUGAGAAGUAGGAGUGAAACAUGGGCAGUAUAUGUGGGGUUUCCUCAGUUGCAUGGUCUUCAGUCUGUGAGGGCUGGAGAACUUUGGCUUCUGAAGAUACUCUUUUACCCUGGCAACCACCCUGCCUUGUGACAUCACACAGAGAAAAACUUUAUGCAGGUAGAAUAGACAGCAGUCAUUAGGGAGCAUCUGCUCUCAGGUGCACCCUCCUUGGAGGAGAUUGGAGGAAGGUUUGUGCCACAAAGAGGAAGGGUCUGUGCAGGAGAAUUGGGUGCCUGUGCUGAUAUUCUAUUCAAAUUAUAACAAGCCAAAACCAUCAGUUCUGUUUUUCUGAGCUAUGAAGGCUUGCACUGUUUAACUCACUAACCCUGUGAACUAGGUACUAUUUUUUUUUUCUAGGAUUUACACAUGAGCAAACUGAAGCUGAGGGGAUUUAAGUGAAUUGAUGAAAUUCAAAAAUUUAGCUUUAGAGUGCAUUGGGGUAUCUACAGGUAGGGAGGUCAUAGGCCUUAGUGAGGAACCUAUUAUAAUUCUUUUACUGAAUGGACAUGUCAAAAUCUCUUCUUAAUCCAUAUUUUUAUAUCUAUGUAUUAGUGUACUCUCAGCUUUUAUCAAAGAAGCUUAUACAGGCAAGGGUUAAUGCAGAGACUCAUAACUGGUCAAAGUACUGAGAAUAAGUAAUGGUGGAAUGUUUAGUCCUAAAUGGAAUAUCUAUAUCACUUCCUCCAAGGCUCAAGAAGCAUCAUAGAAAACAAAUGGAAAGAAUCUAAAAGUUUGAGGAUGGUGAAGUAUGUUUUGAAAGGAUGUCUUCUAGACAUAACAUGGUCAUUGUACUCAUGAAUUCACAGUGUCUAUGAUUACCCAUGCAGGACCCACACAGGAUUGGGCCCGAGGGCAUUUCAUCAUUGACUGGGGGAGAGACUCAUGAGGUUCUACUCCUUCCUGAAGAGCUAGAGGCAGUGAGUGGCUGCUUUGUAUAUGUGUAGAGUUGUGUUGGUUGGUUUUUGUCAACUUGACAAAAACUUAGAUAUAUUUGGGAAGAGAGAAUCUUAACUGAGAAAAUAUGUAAGAUUGGCCUGUAGGCAAGUCUGCAGCAUUUCUUUUGAUUAAUGAUUGAUGUGGGAGGGCCCAGCUCACUACUGAUGGUGUUAGCCAUGGACAGGUGGUCCUGGAUAGUAUAAGAAAGCAGGCUGAACAACUCAUGAGGAACAAAGUUAGUAAGCAACAUUCCUGUAUGGCUUCUGGUCCAAUUUCUGCCUCCAGGUUCCUGUCUUGAGGUCCUGCCCUGUCUUCCCUGUCAGUCCUUAUUGAUGAUGACAUUGUAUACUUAGGGCACAGGACUUGAAUGAUUCAAACUGUAUAACCCAAAAGCUCCUUUCCUGAGGUCUAGCUUCAAUAGUUCCAGAAAGGAUUAUGCAAGCUACCAAGGGAGGGAAACAAUUAAUAGUCCUUACUAGCUGUGAUACCUAUGAACCACAACAAUGGUCAGCAUGGCAAGAUAUCCAUAAAGGUGCAAUAGUGGCCCUCACAUGUUGGUACUAACAAACAGAUGUCUAAUUGGACUUAAAGCUGAUUAGACACUCAACAGGAAGGAAAACAUGUCUGGUACUAGAAUUCUAGCCAACUACCUGGGGCUAGUGAGGUCAUGCAUCUUAGAUGUACUACUGCCAUUUUGCUAGGUCAGCAUAAUUCCUAACUACAUUCUAAAUAUUGGCCUUAUACCCAUAGAUGAUUGUAGUUAUCACCUUGAAUCAAGGAAGAUUUUCUUUACAGCCAAUAAAGACCAUUACAGAAAACCACAACUGGACACACUGCAGAGAUCAAUGAGUGGUGAGGAUUCCAGUUCCAGUAGAUACAUCUACACCACAGUCCCUGCAUCUAUGGCUCCGGAAAAAUCACAGAAGAGGAGCAGAGAAUUUGUAACAGGCAAGAUAUCAAGAAGCCUGCUGUGAGAUCAUCUCUCCUAGAAAUGAUAAAAAAAAAAAAACAUAAACAAGACCUGAACAAUGGCAUUAUCAGUAGACACACUGACAAGGAAGAGAGAAAAUCUCACAGGAUCCUGUCCCUAGACAAAGAGCUAUAGGCAGCUAAUGACUGCUAAGAGAAGGAGAAUUAGCCAGGGAUGAGCCCCUUAAUUGUUUUAUCUGAUUCAUCUAGCAUAGCUCCAGGGACAGAUCUGAUUGGGAUCAGUGAGUGAGUGAAGAAAAGACAGACAGAUACAGGGACAUGCAGGAAAGCUGGCAUUGGGUGCCCUCUACUCUUUGCUGGAGAAACCUCAGCACCCUGGAAGCUAAGUGUGCUUAUUAUGUGGAGUUGAAAUGAGAGGUAGUGUUAUUGCAUACAGCUGAACAAGGAGGAGGCAGGACUAUCAUGUACGGUUAUGGAGGCAGGGUUUGUGUUAUAUGGAUGGAUCAAAGGGGCAGAUUUUUUCUGAUCUUGGUAGGAGCAGUCUCUGGAGGAGAGCAGUCUUCAGGUCAUAAACAUUUGGGUGAAGAAAGCUUUGGUGGAUAUUUUUCUGCAUACACAGUCAACAUCCACACUUGGACCAGAGGAAGGCUUUGCCAUGUCCUUGAGCCUCACCUUCCUGGGCAGGGGUUGUGUGUGUGGGGGGGAGGGGACUUGCCAUUCCUCAAUAGGUUUGAGGCUCUGAGGUCCUUGAAAUGGGCAUGCCUAUGUCAAGAGCAUAUAUUCAUUCACUCAGGUCUUCACUAACUUAGGGCUUUCUUCUCUCCCUACAGUUAUCUAAUACAAUGUGGUCAGCCCCAUUGUGUGAUCAUAAACACAAUAAAACAGACUGAACAAGUUGUACUUGCAUAUUUGUCUCUCUCUUUCUAUUGUCAUCUAUCUAUUAUCUGUCAUCUAUCUAUCUAUCAUCUAUCUAUCAUGUCAUAUCUAUCUAUCUGUCUAUGUGUAUAACAUGUAUGUACAUAUAUAUGUAACAGUAAUACAUUACAUGUAGCAAGAAAACAGGGUAUCAGUUUGAGGGUGGGGGGACAUGGGAGGAGCUGGAGGGAAGAAAGGGAAGGGGGAAGUGAUAUAAUUAUAUUUUAAUUUAAAAAUGUAUUAAGAAGUUUAAAAAAGAGGGUUGGCAGAAUUAUGAUCAAAGUAUUUUAUAUAUUUGUAUAUUUACAUAUUAUAUAGUUCUGUAAGUAUAAGAAUUUGUGAAAGAAUAAAUAAAAAGAAUAAGGUUUAGAAUCCAGACAUUUUUUUCAAAAAGUGAGCCUCGACUACAAUACAGUCUACUGCUUUCUAGCAGCCUUCUAGGUUUUAUUGUUGGGAUUUAUUUUGAGACAAGGUUUCAUGCAGCCCAGGCUGGCCUUGAAGUUUCUAACUUGUUAUAUAGCUAAGGAUGACCUCAAACUGCUGAGCCUUCCACCUUUACCCCCUAAGUGCUGGGAUUAUACAUGUGUGGCAUGGCAGCUAGCAUCUGUCACUUUCUUAUGAUUUAUCACACUGAAUCAAGACUCUCGACCACCUCCUCCCUAAUCUGCAAUCUCCCUGAAGGCAGGAGCCUGGUCUCUUUCCUGUCUGCCUUACCGUAGGACACCUGGCUCAUUUAGUCAGUCUCCUUGGCUGCUCUGGUUCCAGGAAGGAAUUCCAGGGCCAUGUGGUAAGCUGACCUCAUACCAGGAGCUCUAAAUCAGAACCCAAACAUUCCAUGGGAGGCAGAGUGUCUCACUGCUCCAGUCGCUGGGCUGUUAGAUAAGUAUUUCUUUCUCAUGUAUGAAAGAGAACCGAUAAUUUUAGAAUAAUGAACAAGGUUCAGAGUUCUUCUGUGUUUUUAUUUUGGUGUUUAUUGGAAUGCCUACUUCAUGUCUGCUUGCCUUAUGUAGAUGAGCUUUAUCCUUUUGGGAAAACAGCAGGUUCACCAGGUAGCUUCAGCGAUGACCUUUCUCAUUGCAGGGGGACUAAAGACUUGUUUCGGAGUGUACAGUUACAAGCACCAAAAGCGCCUACGGAAAAACCCGGAGGCCCCAAUUCAAUAGCUCCAGAAAACGCAGUAACCCUAACACCUACAAGUGCAUCAACUCUGAAGUCCUCAGAAUCCCAGACAAGUAAAGGAACAUCACAGAAUAGUGAUACACCUGAGCCGACAGAGAUCUCUCAUGAGUUCAUGCCACGUUCUGCAGUCCCCAGGUUCAACUCUUGGAAUGAAGUAAUAAUUCCACGUAGACCUGGUCUUGUUCAUGUAAUUUCAGUUUCAAGUAUAGCCUUUGUUGUUGCCCUGAUAUGUGGACUCAUAAUCUCCUAUAUGAUACAUCGGCUGGUAAAAGCUGAGGAAAAACAGCAGCUUGCAGCGUUGUAUGAAAAUGUCGAGAUUCCACUUUUAGAUGAAAAGGAGGUCUCCGAAGGUGAUGGCCAGGCUGAGACUGCUGAACCACAUCCAGAGAAUGAGGAACUGGGGAAGUUCAUUGGUUCAGUUAUUAGAACAAAAAGAAGGGAACACAUUUUGAAGAAGAAAAUGAAGGGAGAGCAAAAUCUACCGACAGAGAAUACAUUGGAGAGUUCAAAUUAUGCUGACCAAGUGGAGAGUCAUGACAACGUGGAGAGUCAUGACAGCAUGGAGAAAGAUGAAGAAGAGGAGAAUCUAUGAAAACAGAAGAAAACUGUAGCAUGUGCUAGACAACAUGGAGACCAGACUGCAUGGAUCACAGAUGACUAAGAACAUGAACAGGACUUAAUUCCAGAGAACCUUGUUUCUUAGCUGUGAUAGUCCAUGAAUAAUUAUAACUUAAGUAGAAUAUAGAAAACAACCUGAUUUCGUUAACGAUGAAGACAAAUUGUCAAGGAUUUUCUUCUUUGGCUUCAGACCAGAAAUAAAGCUUAUUCCUUUAUUUGAGGGAUCCUUCUUGACUGUGAUAGCAAAAUAUUCUUAUUAAAAAAACUUUUCUAAGGGA